AUGCCAGAUUUAGUAGCAGGAAACGCGGUCAUUGGACAAUCAGGCGGACCCACCGCCGUCAUCAACCAAUCGUUGGUUGGUGUCGUCGAAGGAUUGAGAGCCGCAGGUGCCGGGACUCCGGGUAAUCCGAUCAAGAAAAUCCUCGGCAUGCGCCACGGCGUGACAGGAUUGACCAACGACGAUCUGUAUGACCUCACGGAUUAUCCGCACGAUCGUCUUCAACUCCUCGCGCAGACUCCAAGCGCCGGAUUGGGAUCGACACGCGACAAACCAGAUGCGGCGUACUGCGAGCGGAUCUUCGAAGCGUGUCAGCGCCACGACAUUCAUUACUUCUUCUACAUCGGCGGGAACGAUUCAAGCGAUACCUGCCGAAUCGUGAACGAGCUCUCGAAUCAGAAGGGGUACGAGCUCCGUUGUUUUCAUAUCCCCAAGACGGUUGACAACGAUCUGAUGAUCAACGACCACACGCCGGGAUUCCCGAGCGCGGCGAGAUUUGUUGCCAAAGCGUGCAUGGCGGACUUCCUCGACAACAUCUCGCUCCCCGGAAUCAAGAUCAAUGUCAUCAUGGGUCGUCACGCGGGGUUCCUGACCGCUGCGAGUGCGCUGGCGCGUCGUGAUGAUCGUUACGAGUUUGAGGGUGCUUCGAGCGAUGGUCCUCAGCUGAUCUACCUUCCUGAGGUGCCGUUCGAUAUGGACCAGUUUGUCGAGGAUGUUGCGAAGCUGUACGACAAGCGUCAACGCGUUCACAUCGCGGUGAGCGAGGGCAUCAGCGAUAAAGACGGCAACGCAAUCGGGGCGCAGCUCAUCAAAGACGGGCAGGUUGACGCGCACGGCAAUGUACAGCUCUCAGGUUCCGGCGCGAUCGGUGAUGGACUGUCCGAUCUGCUCAAAGAGCGAUUGACGCCUGCUGGGGGCAAAGCGCCUCGCGUCCGCGCCGACACUUUCGGUUAUGUCCAGCGCUGUUUCCCGGAUCAGUCCCCAGUGGAUAUGAAGGAAGCGCGAGGAGUGGGUCGAUACGCGGCGCGUCUCGCGACGAGCGGUGAUCUUGAUGGUUCGGUCGCGAUCAUCCGGACCAGUCCGAUCGGUGAGGGGCAGCCGUAUGCGUGUAAGUAUGAACGGAUCGAACUCAGUGAUGUCGCGGCAAAGACCAAGCACAUGCCGUCGGAGUUCAUCGAUGGUCACAACAAUGUGAGCCAGAAGUUCCUGGAUUACUGCCGACCAUUAGUUGGUGACCUGCCGUUGUACGAGCGGAUUUAA